AUUGGGUAACGUCAGACUCGACGUUAAGGAUGGGCGGGGUCUGGAGCGCAGCAUCAUCCAAUAAGGCGGUGCUUUGCUAAAACGUGGGCGGGGUUAGAGGCGGUUGGUGGGAGAGGAGGAGUCAGUUGGUGGAGAGUCACACAUAGAGUCAGUCCCAGGCACCGGGAGAAGCCGGCCCUCUCCAUCCAUCACAGCCUGACUACCCUGGUGGCUAUGAUCACUGUGAUACCGCUCUAGGCCUCAGGAUACUAAACUCCAAGGGGAACCUGUUCCCGGACCGGCCCGCAGCCCUGUACGCUGUCCUGGCAGAGCCCAGCCGGGGCGCCCUUCUCCUCUUCCUCCUCCCUUCUUCUCUGCGGGGUCCACACAAACCUUUAUUGAUGGUGUAAAGCAUCUGGGAAGAGCUUUUUGAAGCACUGGGGUUGUUGGAGUGGUCCAAUUUUUCCUGGAAUUGCGUGACAAAUUCAGAAGACUGAAGCCCAGGCUCACUGUCUACCUUUCACGGAGGCCCAGCCGUGAGAGGGACAGAAGAAGGCACGUGGCGAAUCAUGACGGCCCGACAAAGAGAAAGAUAAAGACAAGGACCGGGAUCGGGAGAGAGAAAAGCGGGAUAGAACUCGCGACGGGGAGAACUCUCGGCCACGGCGCAGUUGCACCCUGGAAGGGGGGUGCCAAGGAACUAUGCGGAGAGCGACCACAGUGAAGAUGACGACAAUGAGAACAGUGGCACCACUGCCGAGGAGGCUGCCAAGAAAAAUAAGAAAAAGCUGCCAAAAGAAGAAGUCCCGAUACGAAAGGGCAACCCAAUGGGGAGAUUACGUCUUUCGUCACAGAGGACGACGUGGUGUACAAGCCGGGAGAUUGCGUGUAUAUUGAAAGCAGAAGACCCAACACUCCAUACUUCAUAUGUAGCAUUCAAGAUUUCAAACUGAGUAAACGAGACCAUCUUCUGAUGAAUGUGAAGUGGUACUACCGCCAGUCAGAGGUUCCGGACUCCGUCUACCAGCACUUGGUACAAGAUCGGCACAAUGAGAACGAUUCUGGCCGGGAGCUGGUGAUCACUGACCCAGUAAUUCGGAACAGAGAACUCUUCAUCUCUGACUAUGUGGACACGUACCACGCGGCUGCUCUCAGGGGCAAGUGCAACAUCUCCCAUUUCUCAGAUAUAUUUGCUGCUCGGGAAUUUAAAGCCAGGAUAGACUCGUUCUUCUACAUCCUGGGGUACAAUCCAGAGACCAGGAGGCUGAAUAGCACCCAAGGUGAGAUUCGCGUGGGGCCAAGUCACCAGGCCAAGCUUCCUGAUCUACAACCUUUCCCUUCCCCUGACCGAGAUCCCAUCACUCAGCAUGAAGAGCUGGUGUGGAUGCCGGGUGUCAAUGACUGCGAUCUGCUGAUGUAUCUGAGGGCAGCCAGGAGCAUGGCUGCUUUUGCAGGGAUGUGCGAUGGUGGAUCUACAGAAGAUGGCUGUAUUGCUGCUUCUCGUGACGAUACAACGCUGAAUGCACUUAACACACUACAUGAAAGCAACUAUGAUGCCGGGAAGGCGUUGCAACGUUUGGUGAAGAAGCCGGUUCCCAAACUGAUAGAGAAGUGCUGGACAGAAGAUGAAGUGAAACGGUUUAUUAAAGGAUUAAGACAAUAUGGCAAGAACUUCUUCAGAAUUAGAAAAGAAUUGCUUCCUAACAAAGAAACAGGAGAACUUAUCACCUUUUAUUACUACUGGAAGAAAACUCCUGAGGCAGCCAGCUCCCGUGCCCACCGCAGACAUCGCAGACAGGCUGUUUUUCGGCGGAUCAAAACCCGCACUGCUACCACACCUGUAACCACACCAUCCCGGCCUCCUUCCAGUGAAUUCUUGGACCUGAGCUCAGCCAGCGAAGAUGAUUUUGACAGUGAGGACAGCGAGCAGGAGUUAAAGGGUUAUGCUUGUCGCCACUGCUUCACCACCACUUCUAAAGACUGGCACCACGGGGGCAGGGAAAACAUUCUCCUUUGCACAGACUGUAGGAUCCAUUUUAAAAAAUACGGGGAGCUCCCCCCUAUCGAAAAGCCUGUGGACCCACCGCCAUUUAUGUUUAAGCCUGUAAAAGAAGAAGAAGAUGGUCUUAAUGGAAAGCAUAGCAUGAGAACUCGGAGAACUAGAGGCUCGAUGUCUACAUUACGCAGCGGGCGCAAGAAACAGACUGCCAGUCCAGACGGCAGAGUCUCCCCUAUAAAUGAAGACAUCCGUUCCAGUGGCCGAAAUUCUCCAAGUGCUGCCAGCACGUCCAGCAAUGACAGCAAAGCGGAGUCCCUAAAGAAACCAUCAAAGAAGAUUAAAGAAGAACCCACCUCCCCGAUGAAGAGUGCCAAACGCCAGAGAGAGAAGCCAGCGUCUGACACUGAAGAGACAGACAGGGCCACAGCAAAGAAAUCUAAAACACAAGAGAUAAGUCGGCCAAACUCGCCAUCGGAAGGAGAAGGGGAGGGUGAAGGCGAAGGAGAGGGUGAAGGAGAAAGCUCGGACAGUCGUAGUGUAAAUGACGAGGGCAGCAGCGAUCCUAAGGACAUUGACCAGGAUAAUAGAAGCACAUCUCCCAGCAUUCCAAGCCCUCAAGAUAAUGAGAGUGACUCUGACUCUUCUGCCCAACAGCAAAUGUUACAGCCACCAAAUGGAGCUCCAGCAAUGGUGCCACCUGCUGUGUCGCCAGCACCUCUUCCACCAGUUGUCCCUCCACCUCAUAGCAUUACUCCUGCUCAAGUAUCGCCAUCUCCAUCACUACCUCCUUCCCAGCCUCCUCAGCCCCCAUCACUGUCACUUGUUCAAGCACCAGUUUUACAUCCUCAAAGACUUCCUUCACCACAUCCAGCAAUACAGCCCCUUGCUGGGUCACAAGGAGAGCCUCAGCCUCCAGUCCCUGCGCAAAUCCACCCACAGUCUCCACAUCAUGGCCCAGUAGCAUCUCUCCCACACAAUAUCCAACCACAACCUAUAUUACAGUAUCCAGGUUCCUCUCCACCUCAGCCCUGCCCUGCUCAGGUCUCUCCAGUGCCACAAACCCCAUCUCUUAAUUUCCCUCAUAAUACUCAGGGACCACCAAAUGCUCAGCCUGCACUGCAGAUACCACCUCAGCCUCCCCGUGAGCAGCCUUUGCCCCCUGCACCCAUUACCAUGCCUCAUAUUAAACCUCCUCCCACUACUCCUAUUCCACAGACCCCUACACAGUCCCAUAAACAUCCCCCCCAUUUACAAGGACCUUCUCCAUUUUCUUUGAAUUCCAACUUGCCACCUCCUCCUGCUCUUAAGCCUCUUAGUUCACUGCCUGCCCAUCAUCCUCCUUCUGCUCAUCCUCCUCCUCUGCAGCUUAUGCCACAGAGCCAGCAACUUCAGGCAACAGCAGCACAACCACCAGUCUUGACUCAAAGCCAAAGCCUUACUCAGACACCGGGGCACCCUCAAUCAGGGCUUCAUCCUAUACCUCCUCAGCCAUCUUUUUCACAGCACUCUUUCAUACCUGGAGGCCCACCCUCUAUAACGCCUCCGACAUGUGCUCGAGCUCCUACCCCAUCUUCCUUACCAUCAGCAUCUCCAAGUCUUCAGCCACCAUCAUCUUGUGCAACCUCUACCGGAACCUCUGGUGUCUGCAUUCCUGUGGUAUCUCAAUCGCCCAAUCCACCACCUUUGCCACCAAUCCAGAUUAAAGAGGAGGUACCUGAUGAAAUCGAUGAACCUGAAAGUCCUCCACUUCCUCCUCGAAGUCCAUCACCAGAACCCACUGUUGUGGAUUGCCCCAGCCACGCCAGCCAGUCUGCGAGAUUCUACAAGCACCUGGAUCGUGGUUACAAUUCCUGUGCUAGAACCGACCUCUACUUCAUCCCCCUGAGUGGCUCCAAACUGGCAAAGAAGAGAGAAGAAGCAAUUGAAAAAGCAAAGAGAGAAGCAGAGCAAAAAGUCAGAGAGGAACGAGAACGAGAAAAAGAAAAGGAAAAAGAAAAGGAGAGGGAAAGGGAGCGUGAGAGAGAAGCUGAAAGAGCUGCAAAGGCUUGCAGUUCUCACGAAGGUCGCCUUGGAGACUCACAGAUGAGUGGCCCGGCUCAUAUUCGGCAAUCAUUUGAACCCCCUCCAACAACUAUAGCUGCUGUUCCUCCUUAUAUUGGGCCAGAUACACCUGCUCUACGUACUCUAAGUGAAUACGCUCGGCCGCAUGUCAUGUCCCCAACCAACCGUAACCAUCCAUUCUUUGUUCCCCUUAACCCCAAUGACCCUCUCCUGGCAUACCACAUGCCAGGCUUGUAUAAUAUGGACCCUACAAUGCGAGAACGGGAAUUGCGUGAGAGGGAACUGCGGGAACGUGAAAUCCGGGAGAGAGAGCUGCGGGAGAGGAUGAAACCUGGUUUUGAGGUGAAACCUCCUGAGCUCGACCAACUUCACCCUGCUGCUAACCCCAUGGAACAUUUUGCUAGACAUGGUGCACUCACCUUACCCCCAUCAGCAGGACCACAUCCUUUUGCUACUUUUCAUCCUGGCUUAAACCCACUUGAGAGAGAGAGACUGGCUCUGGCAGGACCACAACUACGGCCAGAAAUGACUUACCCUGAAAGACUGGCAGCUGAGCGGAUACAUGCAGAGCGCAUGGCAUCACUUACUAAUGACCCAUUAGCUCGGCUGCAGAUGUUCAACGUCACGCCUCAUCACCACCAACACUCCCACAUACAUUCACACCUCCAUCUCCAUCAGCAGGACCCAUUACAUCAAGACUGCUGCUGUAACUCUAAGUCUUGGCCGGGCGUGGCUGAAAACGGGACAUGUGUUCCAGUCCACUUUCCUGGUUCAGCAGGUCCUGUACAUCCACUGGUUGACCCACUGGGAGCUGGACCUCACUUGGCACGCUUCCCAUACCCUCCUGGUACCAUCCCCAAUCCUUUGUUGGCACAACCACCUCACGAACAUGAAAUGCUCCGACACCCUGUAUUUGGUGCCCAUUACCCUCGGGAUCUGCCAGGGGGUAUCCCACCUCAAAUGUCUGCUGCUCACCAGCUCCAAGCUAUGCACGCUCAGUCUGCUGAGCUGCAGAGGUUGGCAAUGGAACAACAGUGGUUACACGGUCAUCCCCACAUGCACGGUGGACAUUUACCCAGCCAGGAAGAUUAUUACAGCCGCCUGAAGAAAGAAGGGGACAAGCAGUUGUAACAAAGAGAGACAAGACUGGACCUCUCCCUCCCUCCCAGCUCCUUUUAGGAGAGUCAGGCUCCACACGACGGGUCCCCAGAGGCUGCGAGAUUCCUCCUGUAUUUAAGACUUGUCAUAUACUGUCCUUUCAUCUGUAAAAAAAAGACUCCUCAAAGCCAGACUGGCAGCCCCUUGCAUGACACAUACUUUCCCCAGCCUCGGGAGGGAGCAGGUUUGGAGGGAGAGGCGGGGACAGUAUUGGACAUUUGGCAGCAGUACCCACCACCUCAUGCUCUGGAGGUGCUACCCCCAUCCAUACUCUCACUGUGUGCAAGUGAAGCCAGAGACUCUGUAAACGACAACAAUAAUAAGUGACAUUGUCCGCCAGCACUCGUCCGGGUCUCCUGUGCUGUGACUUAUUUCUUUCUUUAUUUCACUUCAUCAUCAGCAGGACAACCCUCAUCAUUGUACAGAGGUCCCCCCCCCCCCAGUCUGAAUAUACCCUGUAAAUACAUUACAAGCAAGGACUGUGGGGAGCAAGUGUCAGGCCAUCCUUUCUGUCCCUGCAUCGCAGUUACUACCUGUUAAUUUCCUUUAACCUCCUCACUGCCUCUCGGAUCUGUGACAUUAAAGCCUAUGGCAGCAAAGCGGUUAAGAGCCUGAGAUGAAAGGUAACAAAUACUCCAAGACUUACCGAGGACGCAUUGGUAGAGCAGAAAUCAUGAACCCAUCCUCCAUUUCUUUAGCAUACACCUCCUCCUGGCUUUCUGCUUCUGACACUACAUCUUUGUCUGAGCCUGAGUAGUCACCGCUCUGUCCGCCGGUAUAUAGGAAUAACCUAGUGUACACCUCAAGCACUCCAGCCUUUGGGUGAUGUCUGAAGAGUGUAUGUGGGGGGAGGGGGGGGGGUCCUUCUAUAUGUUCUUUUCUUCUCCUUCCUAAGUUUGCGUCAUGUCUCACUUGUAGAUAGGGGCUACAGCGUUUUAAGUUGUAGAGGAAAAAGCGCACACAGGCUUGUGCGUAUCUUCACUUUAUAGCAUUAAAGUUUCUGCAGGGUUAGAACUUUUAUUAUUUAAUUUAUAAGGAAAGUCUCCUAUAUUUUAGUGUUUCGGGUCCUGCUAUACUUAAUGCCAGGGGUUUUAUUUGUACAGAUUCUAUUUAACCUGGGCUCUUAUUUUUUUUUUUAUUUCAUGUCAAUUUGUUUUUUAUUUUUGUUUGUAUGUUUAAUCUACUUGUUACUCUCUGCUCCCCUAGUGGCAGGCCUAGGGAAAAGACUCUAGAAGCGCAGAUGAUAUAUGACGGCACACUUAGUAACAGCUUCUCCACCACCAUGUCAUGUUCCAGAGAGCAAGCACUAGGCUGCGUAAUUCAUGCUAAGACCAAUGUAUGCUGUUUGUACAGAUGAAGUCUCCCAGCAAAUCCUUUACCCAAACAAGAGCACCACCCCUGCUGUACUGACUGUUAUUGUUGUUGGCGACCAGCAUCUCAGGGCUGCGCCAGAUCACAAGGCAUAAAGGUUACUGUAAAGCACCCCUUCAUCCCAUAUUCAUCAUGGUGGCUAACAUCUACAUGUGGGUCAUCAUUUCAUUCCAUCUCAGCCGGUCCUGAUACUAAUAAACUGUGCCCAAAUUUACCAAGAGGUUUCCACCAUCCUCCACUGCGCUACCUAAAGAUCCUAUGGAAAGCUUUCAGGUAGUGAAGUUCAAGCAGCAUCUGGAUGUCCUUGGCCAGACCUACAUCUCCGCUACUAUUCUUGCAAUAGGAUUUUUACACUACAGUUACAAGUCGAUCUGCAGAUGUGCAUGUUGGUUAUUCUCCGCUGUUUCACGGUUGUUGGGGUGCUUAACUACUUUGCCCUUGCUGGCUGUUUUGUGUACAGCCUGUUCGGCGUUGAGGAGCCCUGCAGUAAGUUGAUGUGCACUAGGUCUCCCCAGCACUGAAGGGCUAAAACGUUUACUGCCAUAAGGCCUGGUGGCACACAGUCUCACCAUGCCGGCAGGAAAAAAAAACAAAAAAAAAAAAGGUUAAGAAGUCGACUGUUGUCUUUCAUUUAUUUUUGUUACUUUUUACCACUCCACUUUGUUUCCUUCUUUCCUAUUUUUGUAAUUUCUGACGUACCUCGUUCAGUGUGUAAGAAAUUGUAAAGCUACUUGUUUCAUGGCGCCAUUUAGCAGAAUGUACAUCGAGACUGCUCCAUUUCUAUAUAUAUCUUGAAGAUUUUAAUGUAUAUAGGAGUAGUUUGCCAUGGGGGUAGAAACCCAGAAAUUCGUGACUUCUGUGUUUUCUCCAUUUUGAGUAUUUUGUAAUUUUUUUGGAAAUAUUUGUGGACAUAAACAAUAAAGCAAGCUACACCACA